UUCUGCAAUUCUGCUGACUUUCCCCUUGAUUGAUUUUCUAUAUUCACCAUGCCCAUUGUUGAGAACCUCGUCGUUGUGGGCGAUUUGGACAACUCGAGGAUCGCGUGGCAUUCAAGUCAUCAUCAACAAUGGCUCCCCUAACGUACCCCGUGCUGCCUCUGCGAACUCCGCGUCAUUGGAAACGCCAACAGAAAUGGAUAUCAGGUGUCGGCCUUUCUCAUGGAGUCGGCAAUUACUGCACUUGUGGAAAGCACCACCCAAAGAAACUUCUUUCAAUGUGCGUGGUCUUUCCACGACACAAAUUCGGCUCCAGCCGGUUCAACACUAUAGUUUUGCUGGUCCUACGACUGUUCUACCAUGCAUCUUCUUUCGAGGCGACUCCCAUCCUUGCUUCUGGGGUUCCUCCUACGCCAAAGUUGCUCAGUGCGCCAGUCCUCAGAGCCUUCGAUGUGGAAACGGAGGACUGUGUCCAGAAGCGUCACAACCGCGAAGACCUGCCGCAGCUACUCAAGUCGUACGAGAGGUUGUCGACCAAGGACUGGAAGGCCAAACUCUUGGAGGACACUGCUCGAUUCCAGCACUGGAAGAUCUGCAACAUCAGCUGGAUCAAGGCACUUGCGUCACCUUUCUCACAUGAAUUUCUGCAAUUCAUUGCCGAAGACGCGGUUACCGGUCAGCGGACACGUAUCGCUGCUGGGCGAGAGGAGAACGGAGACUGGGUGUUGGUAGGCUGGAACUGGGCCUCGGGCCAGACGCCAUCUGAGCAUUACAAACUUCCGCUGCCUCUGCUGAGUCUGGUAUUUGACAAGCCCAAGAAACGACCGAAUAUGCAUGAGCUGGCCGAAGUCUUAGCUGCGACGACAGAUAGAGGAUACUACCGAAUGAGAAGGGAAAUGUGCUGGUGGUAUGCCGAGACUGUCCUGGAGGAUAUGAACGCAAAGUAUGGCGGUUCGAUCAAAGAGUGGCAGUGGGCACGGUACCGGUACUCGUUCAUUGUCAAGACGAGUUUUAUACGGCGUAAAGUACUUACGAAGCAUGCGGAGGCGUUCAAGACACAGUUGGCUGAGGAGAUGAGCCAUUAGCAUGGCAUGCAUUAGACUUGGGUUUGGCAGGACUUAUUUGCAGCUUUUCAGCGGCACAUAGACCGGCGUUCUCAUGCUUGGAGUCCGCCAGCAUCAUCAUUAGACAGAACGACGUUACGCUGACGAAUAUUUUGGAUCCUAGCUUAAAGAUGCCCGCGAUGAAUCCCACCGAGUAUUGAUAGCAGCCUUGUAGGUGGGACAGAUAAAUACCUAGAGCCGGACAGGCUACCACCAUACUUAGGUCUUUCUCAAGGCUGAACCGAAAAUUAGCCGCUCCGUGUCAUCCAGCAUCCAACAUCCCACUC